AUGGAUUUUUUCGCUUGGGUAAUUCUAAAACGAACAAAAUUUGAAUCUCAUGAUUUAUUUGAUGCUGAUAACUUCAUUCAGUUACCUAGACUUAGGCCAUCUCUCUUCUUAAAGCUCACGAGACUCCUUAUUGUUCGUGGUUACAAAGAUAUUCAUGCGAUCUUAGUAGCCGCCAUUGAAAACGAAAGUAACCACAAUCUUAUAUUGGAAUGUUCUAAGAUGUUGAUGGUUCAUUCGAUUAUUCCAUAUCAUCUUCGUCAAAAGAUCCGAGAAAUAGCUAUCAAACAAUAUUCUUUCAUUUCCAAGCCUUUGUUAUGCGAGAUACAGUAUUUCAUUGACAAACUGAAGAUCAAUGCAGUUGACGUUGAACAAUCUAUUGCAAUCAUGGAAGAUAUGAAGCAAAAAACUAAAAUUGCACUUUACGCGUUCUCAAAUUCACUUUGUGAAAAUUUCUUAGAAAAACAAAAAUUUACAUGUGCAUUGAAUUAUGCCAUAACAGCACAGAUGCUUAUGGAUAUGGCCGAAUACGCGUUAGAAGGUAAUCCGCUUUCAAUGGAGCUAAAUUUGUGUUUUGCAGAUUAUUUGAACAAAGUCAGUGGAGAUUUCAUCAGAAACGUUGAACUCCGUAAACAAGCUGUUUCAAUUAAGACGAGUUUCAUUAAAACAGAUGACGAUUCGCGACUUUCCAUGAAAAUUAAAUCAAUUGAUAAUAUUUCACCCAACACAACAGAAGAUUUGCAGCAAAUUAUAUCCCAUCAAAAGGCUUUAGAUAAUAUCAGUCAUUUACCACUGAUAUUGAUAACAAUUUUAGCAGUUUUCUUCGGAAUAUUAUUUUUCUUCCCAGUUGUGUCAUUAAAUGAUUAUAUCAAUAAUGGCGCAAUCAAUCCUAACUAUUACUUCGAUCACCAGCAUUCUCCUGUUCAUUUCAAGAUAUAUUUUGCAAUCUCGACGCUGCAAACUUACAUGGCGUUGUUUAAUGCAACAAAGAAUUGCUCUGUUUGUAAGUAUUCUUAUCCUAUUAGUAUUACAACGAUACAACAGUAUUUGAACAGUAUUACGUGUCCUAUUGAUGAUAAACCGAUAUUUAAUGGUGCAAGUGAUGAUGCUCCGGCAUUUGCAGAAGAUUACUACUUUUUCAUGGCGAACAAGUUCAUUAGAUAUGAUAAUGACACGGAAUUAGAAGAUUAUUUACGGAAAUCUUAUCACGAUUUAAGCAAUCUCACGGUUGUUUUUGAUUCAAUCAUUGACAGAUAUUUGAUGUGUUCUAAUGACAUCAAAGAUGAAAAGAAGUUGCUGCAAUACAUCAUUCCUUGUGCUGUUUUUGUUUUAUUUUUCAUUUUAUUUAUUAUUGUUGUUUAUUGUCUUUUUGUUCCAACGAUUUAUAAGAUUGUACAUAUUUUUGGUAGCAUCGAACUACAAACUCUUGAAGAGUUUAGAUCGAAUUUGUUCAUUACCAUUCAUCACCAAAAUUCAAGUACUUUUGAACAUGAAAUUGAAGUCGACAAUGAUGGAGCUUUAGAUUUGGAAGAAAUAGAAGCAGAAGAUAAUGCUCAUAUCGGACAAACAAAUUAUAAUGGCUUGAUUGAACAGUCAAUACGUGCUCCUGUCGCUGUGAAAUGGUUUGACCUAGCAAGGCCAGGUACAUUGCUUUUUUAUUUGAUUAUUUUGUUUGUUAUAAGAUAUUUAAUGCCUCCUUUGACUACUUAUCUUUAUAACAAUGUUAGACAGGAUUAUAUAAGUGAUAACUUAAUUAUCAUGGAAGAGAUCAAUAACAUUUCAUCCCUUUUGAUUCAAAUCGAUACAUUCUUUGCAAACAUGGCUGGUUUGGAUGAUGUCCAUGCUUCUAAAAUAAAUUUAAGCGAAAAUUGGGGUGAAAAUGUUACAAAAGCUGCGACAAAAUGGAAUAAUUUUCUUGAUAUUCAAAGUAACAUGACAAAGAGAGAGAAAGUUGCUGCAAUUAUUGACAUACUAAAUGUAUUUCCAGCAGUCUUUAAUCGCAUGCACACUAAUUACAGAUUAUUCCAAGAUACUGUUGCAAAAUACGCUGAAUCUUUUCAUUGGAUGUUAACUUUCAUCAUUUUUUUCACUUAUAUGAUAUUUAUGACUAGGUUUAUCUCUGCUCAGAAGUUUAUCCUUAAGAACUUGAAGCACUUGGUUUUAAUCCUUCAUAGCAAGUAUGCAUCGACUGUUUCGAUAAUGAUUAAUAACUUGUCUUUUGAAAAUUAUUCAAACAAAGAUUUCUCAAUUGACAAAACUUCUGAAAUCAUUACUUCGCAGAUAUCAGAUGUUGUUAUAUUCUUUAACAAUGAUUUAAUAAUAACAGGAAUGAAUCAGCAGGCGUCGGCACAAUUUGGCAAACUUUUGGAUAAAUAUAAAAUUAAAAAAUUAGAUUAA